AAAGUAUAUUCAAUGACGCUUGAAACAACUGCUGAUUUUGACACUACUACUGUCUACGCAGGAUGAUGGACCGAUCCCCUCGCAAUUGUGCAAAAACAGACAAGAUUGAGGUAGAAACUGGAACUGAUUGGAUCAGUGCGUUGCCGAACUCUGUUAUUGUUGAAAUUCUUUGUAAAAUCCCUAUUACAGAUGCCUGCACAACAACUAUUCUCUCUAAACGUUGGCAAAACAUGUGGACUUGUAUCCACGACCUGAAUUGUUACCGCUCGAAGACUUCGACUGGUUGGUCUGCUAAGAGGUUUAUUUCCUUCAUCGACAAUGCACUCCCUCUUCUUACCACAUCUAAAAUUGAAGGCUUCACUCUACAUUUCAGAUCUAACAUUGCUCUAUCAAAUUAUAGUUCCAAACUCAACAAAUGGCUUCAAAUUGUAUUGAAGAAAAAAGUGGAGAAUCUUCACCUAGAUUUAUGGUAUUACCAUGAUUCCAUGUACUUGUGUUUCAAUGGUGAUCGCUAUAGCUUGCCACAAGAUCUUUGCAGCAGUUCAUCACUUCUAAACCUUAAAUGCCAAUAUUGCAGAAUACCAGAAGACCGUAUACUCAAUUGGACAUCCCUAAAGAGUUUAACACUAACAUCUCUGCUUCUCAGUGAUGAACACAUGAAACAAAUAACAUCAAAUUGUCAUCAUCUGGAAUCUUUGAAGCUGUGUGAUUUUUGUGGUUUUCAUCGUUUGCAUUUAACUUCCCCAAAUUGUACGAGACUUGAAUUGAGUAACCACACACAUCCUCUUAACUAUAUGGGAGAUGAGUGUUACUUUGAAAUUGUUGCUCCAUAUGUUCAACAUUUAAAGAUUUCUGGGGAUUUUGUUGGUGUGGAAAUUAGGCUUGGAGACCUGUCGUCUUUGAUCCACGCUGAUCUUACUUACCACUGGUAUGACUUACAUGGAUUAGAUGAUGUAAUUAACAAAAGCAUAGUGAAAGAUCACUUGACAAGUGUAGCAUGUGCUAAUGACUUAAUCAUCUCAUCCUUGUAUAUCGAGAUGAUUUCCAUGUUGAUAUUGCAAAAAGAAGAUGUUCCAUUACCGUUGUUAGAGUGCAAACGAUUGACGAUAAAUUCUUGGACUAGCAAAUAUACCUUCUUUGGCAUCGACAGACUAUUAAGUUCAACUCCUUGUCUAGAGAAUUUGACAAUACAUCUUAAAAAGGACUCUACUUUCUUAAAUUACUGGUGUGAAGACAUGGAUAUGUUGGAAGACAUAUUUGAAGGUUCCUUGAGGAAUCUGAAAAUCUUAAAGGUUAUUUUACAGUGGAGUCUCUUCAUAAAUCACAUAACAACAGAGCAAACUAAAGUGAUGAAGUACUUGCUUGAGCGUGCAAAAAAUCUGGAGAAACUGGUUAUAGUGCCAACGAACAGUGGUUGUUCAAAAAUGAUAAAAAGUUUGUUAGCUCUUCCGACAGUUUCUAAUACAACUCUACUUGUAUCUGUAGAACCGCUUGCUGAUGUUGAGUAUGAGUAGGUUGAUCCCGUUUGUUUCCCAGAAUAUUUCGUCUUCACA